CCGGCCACAACAUAUGGAGUCUGGUGACAUGGUCUCGGAGUCGUACUCGCGGUCGAGCCCGAGCAGCAUGGGCACGGACUCGGAGCGGGGCAGCGCGCAGGGCGGACAUGCGGUGGUCGAUGACGGGCUGGUGGAAGACGGCGAGGAGCAGGCACUGCUGGGAUCAGAAGGCGGGGAGGUCGACAUGGGGAUUGCAUCGCCGCUGGAUGCUGCGGUGGAGAGGCUGGGUAUUGGACGGUUUCACAAGGUGGCGGUGGCUGUCCUCGGCUUGGCCAACGCGUCGGACGCAGUCGAGCUGCUGGCCAUUGGCUACAUACUGCCCGAGUUGAACAAGGCCGGCGCCAAGGGCUUCCACGUCACCGACGCGCAAAAGGGCUUUCUCUCAGCGGCGGUCUUUGUCGGCAUGCUCAUCGGCGGGCUGUUCUGUGGCCUGGCCUCGGAUCGUGUGGGCCGAAAGGCAAUGCUGCUCUGGUCGCUGGGCAUCAACGCGCUGGCCGGCCUCGCCUCGGCCGCCGCUCCCUCGUGGCCGCUCCUGCUCACCGCCCGCAUUAUCUCAGGCAUUGGCGUCGGUGGCUCGGUCCCGUCGGUCUUUACCAUGGCUGUCGAGUACCUACCUGUCCACCGCCGCGGCUUCUACCUCACCGUUGUGGCCUGGCACUGGAUGGUCGGCUCGAUCUUUACAGCCUCGCUGGCCUGGAUCCUCCUUGGCGCCAUCGGUGCAUCGUGGCGCGUCUUUGCCGCCGCCUGCGCUGGGCCUGCAGCUCUGGCAUUUGUCCUCACCCUCGUUCUCCUUCCCGAGACGCCGCGGUUUCUGGUGGCCAAGGGUCGGUACGCCGCCGCAGCGUCUGUCCUCAACCGCAUGGCGCGGCGAUCGGGCCACACAACGCCGCUUCUGGGAGCAUCGGGUGCUGAGCUUGCUCCCAAUGGGCCAAGCAACAUUCAGGCCGGCUCUGUCCCUGCUGGGUCGUUGGACGAGCCGGCCCGUGAGACCACGCCGUCGGCGUGGCGGCUGCUCGAUCCGGCGCUGCGACGGACCACGAUCUCGCUCGCCAUCGUCUGGUUCGGCCUCUCGUUCGGCUGGUACGGCCUAAUUCUGUGGAUUCCAACUCUCUUUGACGACGCCAACCUCUCGUUCUCAGUCUAUGCCUCGGUCUUUAUCGUUGCCGCCGCCAACCUGCCGGGCAACAUUGUGUCGGCCGUGCUGAUGGACCGGAUCGGGCGCAAGAACGUACUGGUCGGGACCAUGACCACCGCCGCUGGCCUCGGCGUUCUCUUUGCCUUUUCCCACCGUGCCGGGCUGGUGAUCACGGUCGCCUCGGCCUUCAACGCGGUCUCGAUCGGCGGUUGGAACGCACUCGACUGUCUCUCGUCCGAGUCGUUCCCCACUCCGCUGCGUACGUCGGCUAUGGGUGUCCUCGCCGCCUUUGGUCGCCUCGGCUCUAUGUCUGCCCAGUUUGUCAACGGCUUUCUUAUCUCGCACUCGGUUGCCCUCCUCCUCCUCGUCACCGCCGGCACCAUGUUCAUCGGCGGUCUUGGGGCGCUGGCUCUUCCGCGCGACACAUCCGGCAUGCGGGUUGCUGACAAGCUCCACGGCUGACGAUGCCAUCUCGUUUGCUGGUUCUGGUGCGCAGACACACACACACACUCAAACACACACACACACAC